AUAUCCGGGACUGGCCUGGGCUUGCUCCGCCAAGCCCCGUUCCUGCAGCUGUCCACCCCCGCCACGCAGCGCGAGGGGAUAGGGGUUGGGGGUGGUGGCUGGCGGAAGGGCGGGCGGGAAGGGGGCGCUGGCGGAAGGGAUGGAUGGGUUGAGGGGGGAGGACACGCGGACGGAGGGGGAGGGGGAGGAACAGCAGCAAUAGUGGGGGGAGGUGGAGCAGGGAGGUGCAAGGAGACGGAGAAGGAAGGGCAGUGUGGCGUGCGGGAAGGGGAGGAAAGGAUAGAGGGAGUAGGGGAAACUGGGGAUUUGGAGGGCGAAACCAAAGCGUGCAGCAGCAGCAGCCGCAGCAGCAGCAGCAGCAGCAGCGGCGGCGGCGGCGGUGUGGGUGGUUGGAAGGGGCUUCUCAGCUCUCAGGCGCAGCUGCUGCUAGUGCAUGAUUCCUCUGCUCCUGAGCAUGGCUCCACUGUAACAGUACUCCCCCCCACGGGGCAUUUGCGCCCCGGAAAAUUGGCAUCAUCCCCCACUUCUUGUGGCGAUGCAGAGGCGUGUGAAAGCGGAGAGAGCGGAGGAGGAGGAGCAGCGGGGUUCGCGGGUGAAGGGGGGGUUGACCAAAGGGGAACAGGGGCCGGGGGAGCAGGGGCGGGGAUGGCGCGGGUGGGGUAUGCACUGAACGAGGGGCUGCUGCGCGCCUCUCAGAGGCGGCUACGCGUGGACGUGCACCUGCUCUGGCGAUUUCUGCAAAUACUGUGCCUGCAACUGAGGGAGGGGUUGCGGGGGGCUGCAUCCACGCCCAUUGCCACGGUCACGUCGGGACGCAACCGAUCAGAGCGCCUUGCCCAUCUUUUUCCUGAGUCGCUGCGUACGCGUUUUGAAGCACCACUGUUCAUCUACACAGAAGAGAAGGCGUAUCUGGCGAUGUCAGAGGCAGCCAAGGAGAUGGUGGGGGUGCGCUCUGUGAACAAGAGCAUUCCUGCACACAACCGCUGCUUCGGCGCAUGGUGGAAGAGUGUGCUGGUGGAUCUGGUGGUGGGGUACGACACCAUCCUCAUGAACUCCCUCAUCUCCUCUCGAGGCAAAGGCUUCCUGUACAACGCGCACACCAAGGAGCUGUACGACCUCAACCUCGCUGCCACGAGGGGCAGAGCUGCUGCCACCUCCUUUGAAGACGUGAUCUCGUUCAAGAUCGGGGUGGUGUUCACGUCGGUCUUCAUCUUCUUCAUGACCCUCCUCGCUGUGUCCUUCACUCUCAGGGAGACCCAGAGCCGCAUGCUCAAAUUCACCAUCGCCCUGCACCAUCACGCGCGCCAUCGCCUGCCCACCUUUCGGCUCAUCGCCAUGCACAUCCUCGAGUCCCUCGUUUUCAUUCCUAUCAUGAUCGGCAUUCUCUUCUUCCUCUUUGAGUUCUACGACGAUCAGCUGCUGGCCUUCAUGGUGCUCACGCUCGUGUGGCUCUGUGAAAUCUUCACGCUCAUCAGCUGCCGCUCGCCCCUCUCCCGGCGUUUCUUCCCCAAGUUCUUCUUCCUCUUCUUCCUCCUCUUCCACGUCUACUUCUUCACCUUCACCUACGGCUUCUCCUACCUAGCGUUCGCCACAGCAGCGGCCUUCCUCAACCACAUCGCCAUCUUCCUCUGGAACCGAUGCGAGAGCGAGCACCAGGAGCCGCCACAGCACGCGCUGCAGCAGCAGGGAGGAGGGGGAAGGCCAGGCAGACACAGGGGGGCCCCUGCUGCUAUUGCUGCUGCCGCUGGUACUGGGAACAGCAGCGGCGGCGGCAACAGCGGCAGCGGCGGCGGCGGCGGCAGUGGUGGCAGCGGUGGUGGCGGCGGCAGUGGUGGCAGCGGUGGUGGUGGUGGCGGCGGCAGUGGUGGCAGCGGUGGUGGUGGUGGUGGUGGCAGCGGUGGUGCAAUGCUGGGAGUGGCGGCAGUGGUAACACCAGCGGACGAACAGGUGGUAACAGCAGUAGUGGCACUAGUGGUGGCAGUGGUAAUAGCAGUGGCAACGGCAGCAGUGGUAGUGGUGGUGGUGGUGGCGGGGGUGGCGGCGGCAGUGGCGUCAGCGAAAGGGGUCAUGCAAAAGGGAAUGAUGGGAGGGGCAAUGGGCAUGGGAGUCACUCUCGCUCGGGUCUGCAAUCACUGCAGCAGCACCACCAGUGGCAGCUGCAGCAGUUGCAGCAGCAAUGCCACUCGCAGCAAAGCUGUCUGCACCACAAUCACUCUCAGCUGGAAGCCUCAAAAGAAGCUUCAAGGACUUCAAGGGAAGCUUCGAACAAAGCUGCACGCGAAGCUGUACACGCCAUGAGGCUUACGAGCCCCAUGCACUCUUGCAACCACCUGCUACAGCCUCCCCGCUCUGCAGAUUCGGCUCUAGAGCACAGCAGCAGCCAGCGCUGCCAAGAGCCGCAAGUGCCAAUGCAGCAAGUGCAGGAGCCAGAGCAGGAUGAGCAGGAAGGGGAGCAGUACGCACAGCAGAGGGAGCCGCAACUACAGCAACACAUGCACGACCCCCACAGUCAGCACUGUUCGAACCACAGUCCGUUGCAGGUCGACUGCCCCUGUGUCCCACCCCCAUCACCAUCCUCUCUCCAACCCUCCAGCUCUCCACUGCACCGUCCUCCUCUGGCCCCCCUCUUAUCUCUCCUCUCACCCUGCCACUUUCUUGUCUGCCAUCUUAACCCCUGCCCCAUUUUACACUCCCCGCUUCCAAGUCCACCUGAUCCUGUUGUUGAUCCUCCCUCCUGCUGCACCACUGCUGCUGUUGACCGGUGUAGAAGUUUUCAAGACACAGCCGCUGGUUCCUGCAGAACCAGCAGCUGCAGAAGCAACAGCCAAACUGGCAAGAAUUUCAGCAUACUGUGUAGCAGGGGCAGCAUGGAGGCCAG